AUGAGAGGCUCAAAUGGCGGAUUUGGGAUUCUGCGCACGUCUGCCUUGGGCAGGAGUUUCUGGGCACGCCAUUCUUCAUCCAAUUUGUUCGUUGGAGGGCUUUCCUAUGAUACAAAUGAACCUGUUCUUAAGGAAGCUUUUGGGAAACAUGGUGAAAUAAUUGAAGUUAAAGUUAUAUGUGAUCAUGUGAGUGGGAAAUCGAAAGGGUAUGGAUUUGUGAAGUUUACUUCUGGAAUUGAAGCCAGCACUGCUCUCAAAGAAAUGGAUGGUCAGACAAAUCCGCUUGGAAUUUGCACACAAGGGGUAAUGACAUUGAUCUCAGGUACAGUGGAUUGGAGGGGGCAUGUUGUGGUAGGUGAUAUUAACCAGCAAGUCCAGAUCUGA